GACCCGGUAGCGCCAUUCCACACCAAACUUCCCCGAGCAGCCAAGCUGCACCUGCAACUCACCACCAAACUCCAAUCCCCGAGCAGCGGUACGCUUGCCAAAGCUUCAACACCUCGCCACCAGACUCCGAGAUACCCCGGCCGAGCCGACCGGCGCCGACGAACGGCAGCUAGCUAGCUGGUCAUGGAGGUUGAGGCGUUUCCGAUAGGGUUCACCAAGGGCAUCCGCUCCCACUGGCGCCGCCGCAAGUACCAGCGCCUCGAGAACGGCGAAGGCAGGUCGACCAGAGGCAACACCCAGCGCCUCGGCGGUGGCGCGCGGCGAGGCAGCGGCGGGUGGCGCGUUCGUCUGCGGGGGCUGCUCCUCCGCCGCGUGCGCGUUGUCCGCGCAGUCGUCUCCAUUCCCGGGCGGCUACUGUGCCGGAUGCGGGACGCGUACGUGGGCGGCAUGCUGACGGUGGCCAGGAAGGCGGCGGUCACGGCGAUGCCUAGCGACGGGAUGUGGACCAAGCGGGUACCAAGGCGGAAGCACCAGAAGCUGCUGCUCCCCGGGGCGGCGGCGGCGCAACAGGGCGCGUCGGAGUUCGAGAAGCGGCUGGUGAUGGAGAUAUACAAGUCCAUCGUCGCCUCCAAGGAGCUCACCACCAUGCUCCACUCCACCGCCGCAACCGCGUCGUCAUCAACCUAGCUAGCUAAGCAUCAUGUACCACUGCCGUGCGUGUCUGUGUCAACAACGAGCACAGCUGCAUGUCGAUCUGAAGCGAGGUUUUCAAGUUC